CUCAACGGAAGUCUUGCCUAAAUACUGAAUACUUUUCACCAUGAAGCCAGCAAAGCCAGCGCAAACUAAUAUGGAUGAACAAACAUUCGUCCCAAGUACGAUGAGGGCCCUUUACUACAGCCUAGACGACAACCACAACCACGAUGUGAAAGCUGUGGAUUCCCCCGAGCCAGGCCUGAUUUUCGACACUGACUUUCCCACACCCAUGCCGUCACCGACCCAAUAUCUCAUCAAAGUCCAAACGGCUGCCUUCUCGCAUGACGAGCUGCGACUGGCGAAGCUGCUCAACCCGAGGAUAUCCAUGCCAAAGAUUCCCCUCCACAACUUCUGCGGCACAGUCAUCAGCACCCCCGAUGAAGAUCACUGGAACGAAUCCGGUCCCAAGUUCAAAAUCGAGGACGCCGUCUUCGGUCUGAUCAGUCACACCCGGGACGGCGCCGCAGCCGAUUACCUCCUCGCAACGGAAAACGAGCUCGCAUUCAAGCCGAGGAACAUCAGCGCCGCCGAGGCAGCGACGAUCCCCUUACCCGCCCUCACCGCAUGGCAAGCCCUCUUCACCUACGGCAAACUGAAUCCCGCAGGCACGGACCAUGUGCGCGGUGGCCUGCGCGUGCUCGUCACAAACGCCUGCAGCAGCGAGGUCGGCAUCCAGGCGCUUCAGCUGCUGCGGGCCCCGUCCUUGUUCCCGCACUACCGCCCGUGGAUCUGCGCAACCUGCGACAACGAAGAACAGGGGACAACCCUCCGCGACCAAUUCCAGGUGGAUGAGUACAUUGUCGCCGCCCUCCCGUUGGCUGCUGACUGGGACCUGGCUACACCCUUCAAACAGAAGCAGUGGGGGCCCGUGGAUAUCGUCAUCGACUGCGCGGGCGAAGACAUGUUUCAGCAAGCCCACUCACCAGCAGUCGUCAAGGAAGAUGGUGCCGUCUUGACCGCCGUCGACUCCACCCCGGCUCAGAACGGACGGACUGAGGAAGAUACACAGACCGGCAACGGCUCGAAGAAGAAAGGCCCCUUGAGCCGGUUUAUCUCCGUCGAGCCGGAUGGGAAGGCGCUCGCGCACAUCGCGACGUUGGUUGAGGAACAUAGCGUCCGCGGACGGGUCGAGAGCAUCACGGAUCUGGUCAACGGCGCAGACAUACUAGCUGCGGGAGCUGCUGGCGCCGGAGGAGGGAGGCGAGGAGGCAUGAUGGUGAUCCGGGUUAACCCAUAGAUGGUGCAUAGUCAUUGCAUAUUCCGGCCAUGGGUUUUUCGUUUCUGUCAUAGCAAUCAGGAUGCUGUCAUUUGAUUGGGUCAGUAUACGGGAUAAGGACACAAUUUGCAUUCGAGCGUACGAGCACGUCGUUUUCGUUUUGAGCCUUAUAUUUCAGGUUCUAUAAUGGAACUUGCGUCAAUCUAUGACACCUAGUUGGUCAAGAAGGGUACUCGGUACUCAACAAUAAUCGGAAGACUCGGAAUUGAAAAUGGUGGUUUCAAGAUAAACACACAUUCUGAAGUAAAAGUAGGUAAAGUAGGUCCUCAUCAACUGCCUGAGAAGGUUCACAAGGCGAAGCACACAAAAGCCGAGAGAUAAUGGGGACACUCACUCCAAGCUGCUUCCAUUUGUGGAGUCCAAGUGCUGGAGCGCAUUGAUGCUUCAGCGAUCGAACUGUCGAGACAGGCCCACUGCUAUCGAUAGCCUGCGCAUGGCCUAUAGAAUUUCGGUUAUUG